UGAGUGUGAAGCAGUGAACAUGGCGGUGAACAGCCCUGGUGGAUAUCCCCCCGUCUCCCCCAAGCCCCACACCCCAAAGAGCCCUCGCCACUUCGUCUUCCCGCAGAAAAGUCCAUCCAUCACUUCCAGCACCUCGUCUUCUGGUUAUUACACUCCUCAAUCCGGCUGCAGUUAUGACAAGCACGCCCCUCCCCCCAAAUCUCCAAUCGCGCAUGGACACCGGAGUCCAAUCAGUCCAAGGCACUUCAACUUCCCCCAAAAAUCACCGUCAGGAAGAGCCAGUCCUUGCAACUUUGAUCGAGCUCAUGGCCUGCAGUACACGACGUCACUCAAACACCACCGCAGAGAGAAGUCCCGCUCGCCGAAUCCACCACCAGUGCACAUCCACACCAACCCUGGCUAUGUGUCUCCAAACAGGACGAGGAAACUAUACGGGUCUACUUCCACAGUGAGCUCGCCGCGGCUGGUGACGUCGCCGAGCAUCGUGUCAAGCCAUACUGACGACUCGAUUGACGCGAUGCCUGGAACUCCUUCUGCGAUUGUGCAUGACGCGGAUGAUGAGGCGACAACUACGUCUUCAAGGAUCUGUAGGAAGUCUACGUCUGAUUUGACGGAUUUGACUGAUGAUACGCCGCAGACUCGGUCGACGAGCAUCAGUCGGCCCUGCUCUCCGAUGCGGCGGGGGUCUAUGAAAGGUGGACUGGCGUACUUGGCGAGUAGGCGAGGAUCUCGCGAGUCGACUGUCUCGAACUGCGACUCUGUGGAGGACAUUGGCCCGCUAAACUUCCAAAAUACAAUGCGCGGCAGACAACGUAGGACUUCGAACUUUCUGGAAUUGCCAG